AUGGCCCCCGGUGCCGUUACACUGGUUCCGGGGCCCCCCAUUAUCGCCAUAUACCCAUAUCGGAUUGGAUCAACCCCAGUCGAUGAUCGCUUCCUCGUUACUGGUGGCCCCAAUGAUUCGCCGCCUGGGACGAAAGCUGCUUGGCCCACGCCUGCCACGCAAACUGGACCAAUUCUUCACCUCUGCAGCGCUCUUCAAGGCCUAUCGAGUCUGAGCGUGCGCGGCAGUGAUACCUAG